CCGCGGUCCGGAGCCGGUGGAGUGCCAACGGGAGUCCUGGACUGCUCGUGACCGUGGUGAUCGCCCACGAUUGUCGGCGCAUCAGUGGGCCGCCGCUGGUCGUGCCCGACAUAUUGCCGGCUCGCCGAAAUAGAUUGUUCGAUAUCGAGAGACUGGAGGUAUCGCACGUGCUGAUUCCUCACCGUCCGCAAGUUUCCGAAACGGGAUGAAACGGGUCUUCCUUAUGUAGCAAGUCGGAAUAUGCGAAACAGCGCUCUAGCCCUGCUGCUGGCAUGGACUCUUGCGGCCCAGCAAGGACUAUGCGGCAAGCUGGAGAAGAUCGCCGAACAGGCGAGCAACGUCCUCGUCGACUACUACGCCUACCGUCACGUCUCGAUCAUCCACUUCGACGUGCCCGAACGCACCGUCGCGGUCGUCUUCAAAUUCACGGCGAAAGAAGAGAAGACUGGCGGGAUAGGUAGAUGUCAGCCGCGCAACGUCUCGGUGUACAUGAAAUCUGGCAGUCUGCCAUUUAUCUCGUCCGACGGAUCGAAGGUCUCCGCGAAGCUGAUGGAGACGGAGAAGCGACGGCGAUAUUAUAGCCUGCGGAUGCAGAGCAACGGAGAUCCAAAUGCGAUCAAGAUAGAGGCACCGCCGCCGGGCGACUGGUACGCGAUCACCUUCCGAUCCUGGACCGAUCCUGACAAGGGCAAGAUCAAGCAGCAAGAGCCGUUUCGACAAUCCGUCCGUGGUGCUCUUCCGGACUUACAGAAAGUGUUCGCAGGCCUCAGCGCGUCCUGCCAGACCGUGCUGGACGCCGAGAUGUUCGUGGAGACGCCGGGGACGACGUUGCUGGUGGAUCUCAGGGACGAGAACCAGGUGCAACUGGACUCGGCGAGCUCCGACACGGCGAUAGUGCAGUACCGCGUGUCGGACGUCGGUCUGCAGAAUCUGAAUCUGUCCCUGAAGUCGUCGUGCUCCGAGAACUGCAACGUAACCGUCCACGUUACGGCGGAGGAUAAUCUCGCUGACACCUUGCUCAACAAGUCCGCGACAACGUUGCUGAGCUUCAAGCCCUUCGUCGGUCGCUUCCACUACGUGACCCUCCGCCUGCUCUCGGGAAACGCGACGAACGUGACGUUGCAAGUGCUGAAGAAUAAUGAUGAACGUCGUAUAAACGGCAGUGAUCAGGUGACGUCGGUGAAGCUGUCGAGGAAGUCCUUUCCCGAGUUCUUCCUCUUCGACUACGAGCACCUGCGCGGCAACGACACGAAGCCGCAAGCCUUCAACGUCACCAGCGACGCCCUCUCCGUCCUCAGUUUUGAUGUCGGCCGGGUGUACGACGUUGGCGGCACGGUCACGCUCGGCUUCAAGCUGAUCGACGUGGAGGAGCGAUACAAGAAGCACAUCGUCCUCGUGGCCUGCGUUUCCUUAGGCUACUACUCCAACAUCACUUCCGGCGGCUCCUGCGUUCGCGCGAAGGGCGUCUCCACGGCGGACGUGUACGUCAACGCGGCCGAGCCGGCGUACGUGCACGUGCCGUACCCGGAAGCGGGCACUUGGUACGUCAGUCUGCGCGUCUUCUGCCCCAACGAAACAACGAUCGGCGGCCGCAACUGCUCCUGCGGUCGCACCUGUCCGCGGGGCGACGCGAAGACGUGUCGCACGUGCGAGUGUCUCCCCCGUUGCGCUUCCACCCGGGUCGAGAGCAUCGUCUCGUCCUCGCCGUGCAUCGAGGGUCGCUGCGGCGGUCACGGGGAGUGCAUGCACUACAUGAGUGGCGGCUUCGUGUUCUCGGCUUGCCACUGCACCGGUGGCUACCGCGGCUUCGACUGCAGCGACGACAGCUACGUCCUCAACACUGGCCGCGUCCUGCUGCAGCUGCUCACCCUGACCCUGAGCAACCUCGCGUUCAUCGGCUCGGUCUACGUGGCGGUGCGACGCGAGUACUUCACCGAGGCGGUCGCUUACACCGCGGUCAUGUUCUUCUCGACGUUCUACCACGCCUGCGAAGCUGGAGAGGACGUGUACGGCGUGUGCAUCAUGCGACUGAGCGUCCUGCAGUUCUGCGACUUCUUCAACGCGCUGCUGGCCAUCUGGGUGACCCUGGUGGCCAUGGCGUCGUUCGGGCCGCGGUUGACCGCCUUCUGCCAGGUGGCUGGUGCGAUCGUGCUCGCGAUGGGCGCCGAGAUGGACCGCACCGCGCUCUGGGUGUUCCUGCUGCCGGCGGUUACUGGUACCGUGAUGAUCGGCUUGUCCUGGGGACUCAGAUGCAGGAGAAAGCGGACCGUCAGAUACCCCUCGCGUCCCUACAGGAUCAUCUACUUCCCGGCUGGAUUCCUCCUCGUCUCUCUGGGCCUCAUUUGCUACGCCUUCCUGCAAACACGCCGGAACUAUUAUCUCGUUCACAGUCUCUGGCACGUGUGCGUGGCCGUAGGAGUUACUCUACUUCUGCCGAAGCGGCAGUACAUGAAGUGAUGCUCGAAGAACCGCGCGAGCAUCCUGAGCGAGACUCUCCACGAGGCGGGAGAAGUCAGAAGUCGAGACGUAUUAGGGCAUCAGGGAGGUUAUUGAAGUUACAAAUAUAUAUAUCUUCGGUGAUCCGGCAGCUUUUGCGCGAAGGAAAUCGAACGCCGGCUUCGUCUAGUUUGAGCCGAAGGCAUUUUGGAGAUCGUGACGCUUUGGAGAUUUCUGUAGAAGAGAGAAUUAUAGAAUUAUAAAUUAUAGUUAAUAAUCAAUACAAUUACAAAUCUAUUAAUAUAUUGUUUUAACAGUGAAUGCUCAAAAGUUUGGUGGUUUUGCUCAAAGGACAAUGCUCAGGCUCACUCGUCAGCUCAAAGAGAAAUUCCGAAGCUCAUUUGUCGGCUCGCAGAAAGAUUCCAAAGCACGUUCCUUGGCUUCAAAAUAAUUCCAGAGUACAUUCCCCAGCUUGUUUCUUUCCACCGUGGAGGCGCGUGAUUAAUUUCGUGCGAAAGCUGUCCGAUCACUCCGACUCAAUGUAGGUGCGUGAAUUAUAUGUAUAUCAGAGACAUUAUUCUUCUAAAGAGCAUCACGUAGACGUAAGGCUAUUCUCGGAAGCGAAAUCAAUUGGUCGAGACAGAGAGGGAUUACCUAACUCUAUUGAUUAAUACACCGUUAAAAAUUGUGCGUCCAUAUGUUAAAAUUUUCUUGUGUUGCCAUGUUUUGAUUACUACUUCAAUGUAAAAUUAACAUACAACUGAUAUGUU